UCCUCCUCCUCCUCUAUCUUUUUAUUUAUUUCUCUGCCCCAGUUCGAUAAAAUAAUAAUUCUUUUCUCGGGAAGCGCAGAGAGAAGAAACCGUCGAGGGCGGGAUAUUGAAAGCCAAGAGAUCUUCCCCGGCCCUAAAAAGCCACGAUUUUGUUCCAUCUCUCAGGGAAAUUUUGUCUUUGUAAUUGAAUAGUGGCAAAUAGGAACCUGUUUGUUUGUCCCAAGUAUUGUGAGUUUAGAGUGCUAUAAUACUUCAUAACAGCGGAUACCUGUCAUUGACUGAAGAUAGUAUAGAGUAAUUAUACAGUGCAUCAUUUUACAACCAUAAAUCAGUGUACUAUGUAAUUCAGAGAAUGUCAAGGGGUCAAGCUCAACCAAGAAACCAGUCUGUUAGAAGAGUGCUGGAAAGGUGCAAAACUAGGGGCACUAUCGAAAUUAUUGAUGUUGACAAAGAACCAGAAGAUGUGGUUAUUGUUGAUGUUGAAGAAACUUCCCAUCAGGAAUCGAGAGGGCCUGGGACGACGAGAAGAAAUUGUUUCCCUGAUGGUGUUAUUAGCAUUGAUGAUGAUGAUGGGGAUGCUGAUGACAUGAAUGUUCAUGCUGAUGCUACAAGCAAGGAAUUCCAUCCUGCAUCCAGCAACUCUUCUAAGUCUGAAGAAUUAAAAGGUGAUGAAUGCUCAAUGACUAGUAGGAAGGAAAAGCUCCCUUUUGAAUCAAUGGAAUAUAUGAGGAAGAGGAAGCAUUGUCAUGUUGGUCCUUCUGUCAAUCAGUUUGGUUUAGGUUGUUCCUCUGGCAGUUGGUCUGAUAAUGACAGGUCUGAGUUUGUCUCUGAAUCCAGCAUCUCUGCAAGUGUUGGCUCUGACAGUGAUAGCUCUGACUGUGAAAUCAUGGAAGACUCUGGAUAUAUUCGUGAGCAAUGGGAAAGAGCUGCCUUAAGAAAAAGAGUGUCGUAUAGGCAUCCAUUUGGUUUGGGAGAUCAGACUGGUGCCUCGGGCUCGGGCUCAAGUGGUGAUAAUAGAUUCUCAAAUGGGGAAGAAUCUCGUAGCAGGAUCGAUAUUGAAACUUGCUUAAAUAAGAUUUAUUCAAAUCAGUUCAAAGAAAUACCAUCUGAAUGCUGCCCUAACAAUUUGAGCAGUGGGAAGGAGAACCUCUCAUUCAAUAUACCUGCCACUGCUAAACUUGGAGAACCUUUUUGUAAAAGGAAUGUGAACACAGCUGACUCAGAUGUAGAUCCGGCUACCAACACUUGUCAUAAGGAACCUAAACAUGUAUCUGAAACAUGUGGCGAUAGAGCACAGUCACCAUACAAAAACCAUUCAGACAAUCUGAGAUCCGAUUUUCGAAACCCAGAAACUGUGUUGUUUAGUUCAGUAUGUCAUUUGAACAUGCAGCGUGACCCAAAAGUAGAUGAUGAUGAUGAUGAUGAUGAUGUCAGUUCUUCAGGUGAGGACGAGCAAGUUCCAACUGCUACCACUUAUUGUGCUAAUGGAUAUAAUGGUGAAUCCAGCUAUUCGGGGAAGGUGGAAUCACAUCGUGGUAAAUCAUUUUUAUGCAAUCCUCAAUCCCAGGAUGGAGAACAACUAAGACCCGACAGUACUAUUCAAGACAAAGGGAAACAUCUUCACGAACAACCUUCAUUUUCUAUGCAACCACAGUAUGAAUAUGUUGUUCGUGAAACUGCUGGGUGUCGAGUGAAAGAGAAACCAUCUUUGGAUCAGCAACCUUCGUGCAAUUAUCACUGUUCUGAUAGUCCACUGCUUACCAGGAAUGGUGAACCCACUCACAAGGAGUUCCCCAAUUUCAACACUAAUGGAGGAAGUGGAACACCGGGGAGAAGUGUUUCUUUUGAUCCUGGACUGAAGCAUAAGCCAGAAGAACAAAGUUUUCUUAUUUUUGAACGUGAGCGGCACAAAGAGUCUGAUGAAUAUAGACGCGCCGAGGAAGAAGAAUGGGCUGCAAGACAGCACCAGUUGCAGAUCCAGGCUGAAGAAGCACAAAAGCUGAAGAGGAGAAGAAAGGCGGAAACUUUGCGUUUACUUGACAUGGAAAGAAGACAAAAGCAGCGGCUUAAGGAAAUCCGAGAAUCUCAAAAGAAGGUUGAGGAAACUACAAAUUUGAAAGAACACCUACGAGCUGAAGUAAGGAAGGAGCUUGAAACGAUGGAACUUAGAUAUAGAGACAUGGCUUCUUUUAUCAAAGCAGUUUUCUUGUGUGUCAAUGGUGGAGAGGUUAAUGCUGCCUAUAGACAAGCUUUGCUGAGGUUCCAUCCAGACAGAGCCUCGAGGUCUGAUAUUCAUCAGCAGGUAAGGGCAGAGGAGACGUUCAAGCUGAUUUCACGCUUGAAAGAAAAGCUGCUGCCUGUAAUGUAAAUUUGGAUGCUUAAUGAUUCCUCUGCUGUUUUAACCGUUGUCGUAAAGUACAUGUCACUCUUGGUUGGGGUUCUUUCUUUCUUUCUUUCUCUUUUUAUUUUUAUUUUUAUUUUUUUUUCCAGCCAGUGGCUACACCUAUAUCCUUUGGUGGUAUAGCUUUGGGCUUAUACACGUAGAAAAUCUUGCAUCUUUCAGAAGUUUUAUCUCUAGACAUCGUUGGUGAUACAUGGCUUUUCGUACUCUUUGUAACCUUGACACUAAAGCCUCUUGAUUGGAGGCUCGCGAGAUUUGGCUGUUAGCUGCAGAAAGUGCAGGCUUCCCGGUUGAGAAGCUAAUAUUAAUUUGUUAAGUUAAACGUUAGCCGCCAUGGGUGAUGACCGUGCUGAUAAACGAGUAACUGAGUGUCAGGGUUUUUACUCCUUGUGUUGAAUAAUGUAUGUAUAGAAAAACAAUCUUAUUUUGUGGUAUAGAGUUUGCCCGGUUGUUUUAUU